CUUCACUCGCUGUAAAUUUCAGACUUCUCCUUCCUCGGAACAGAGCCUUCAAAAUUGUCAUCGGCUCUGCUUCUGUUCUUUCUCUCUCUAAAUUCUUGUCGGAAUAUCGCAACAUUUAUCCUGCUUCCUCACUUAAUUUAUUUUAUUAAGAAGGUUUAAAACAUCAGGUUAACUUUUCUGUCUAAGAAAGAGAAGGAUGGCGUCAGGUGGCGGCGGCGGGGGCGGCGCGGCGUGGCAGCCUCAGGAGGAGGGACUCCGGGAGAUCUGUGGGCUGCUGGAGAAGCAGAUGGCUCCCACCUCCGAUGACAAGUCGAUGAUUUGGCAGAGGCUCCAGCAGUACUCUCAGUUCCCCGAUUUCAACAAUUAUCUCGCAUUCAUUUUUGCUCAGGCGGAGGGCAUUUCGGUGGAGGUUAGGCAAGCAGCAGGGUUGCUUCUUAAAAACAACAUCAGAAGUGCAUUCAAAACCACGCCGCCUGUGAACCAACAAUAUAUAAAGUCAGAGUUGUUACCGUGUAUGGGCGCAGCAGAUAGGCAAAUCAGGUCUACAGCUGGGACCAUUAUUAGUACUUUUGUUCAGAUUGGGGGAAUUAUAGGAUGGCCUGAAUUGUUACAUGCUCUUGUGAAGUGUUUAGAUAGUAAUGAUAUCAAUCUCAUGGAGGGUGCUAUGGAUGCUUUGUCUAAGAUUUGUGAAGAUGUGCCCCAAGUGCUUGAUUCUGAUAUUCCUGGAUUAUCAGAACGGCCCAUUAAUGCUUUUCUUCCAAGAUUCCUCCAGCUUUUCCAGUCGCCGAAUACUACACUAAGAAAGCUUUCAUUGAGUUCAGUUAAUGAGUACAUUAUGUUAAUGCCUGCGGUUCUUUAUAUGUCCAUGGAUAAAUAUUUGCAAGGUUUAUUUGUUCUUGCGAAUGACCCUGCUCCAGAGGUGCGGAGGCUGGUAUGUGCUGCAUUUGUUCAGCUGAUUGAAGUUCGUUCUGCUGUCUUGGAGCCACAUGUAAGGAAUGUAAUUGAAUAUAUGUUGCUAGUGAACAAGGACUCAAGUGACGAGGUGGCUCUAGAAGCGUGUGAAUUUUGGUCUGCUUACUGUGAAGCUGAACUGCCUCCUGAAAACCUGAGAGAAUUUUUACCGCGUCUUUUACCAAUUUUGCUAUCAAACAUGGCUUAUGCUGAUGAUGAUGAAUCUCUUCUGGAAGCUGAGGAGGAUGGAUCUCUUCCGGAUCGAGAUCAGGAUUUGAAGCCUCGUUUUCAUUCAUCACGUUUUCAUGGGUCAGAGGAUGUAGAAGACGAGGAUGAUGACAUUGUAAAUGUUUGGAAUUUACGUAAGUGCAGUGCAGCUGCUCUAGAUUUGCUCUCCAAUGUAUUUGGAGAUGAGAUUUUGCCCACCUUGAUGCCCAUUGUUCAGGCAAAGUUGUCCGCUACAGGUGAUGAAGCUUGGAAAGACAGGGAAGCUGCAGUUUUAGCUCUUGGUGCAAUAGGCGAGGGUUGCAUUAAUGGUCUCUAUCCACAUCUCUCAGAGAUUAUUGCAUUUCUUAUUCCACUCUUAGACGACAAGUUUCCUCUGAUACGAAGCAUAUCUUGUUGGACACUGUCUCGCUUCAGCAAAUACAUUGUUCAGGGUACUGCUCAUCAAGAAGGUCAUGAUCAAUUCGAGAAAAUUCUUAUGGGGUUACUACGAAGAAUAUUGGACGAUAAUAAAAGGGUGCAAGAGGCUGCUUGUUCAGCUUUUGCAACACUUGAAGAGGAAGCCGCAGAAGAGUUGGCACCACGGUUGGAUAUCAUUUUGCAACACUUAGUGAUGGCCUUUGGAAAAUAUCAGAGGCGGAAUCUUAGAAUUGUAUAUGAUGCUAUUGGGACAUUAGCAGAUGCUGUUGGCAGGGAACUGAAUCAGCCUGCCUAUCUUGAAAUCUUGAUGCCCCCAUUGAUUGCAAAGUGGCAGCAGCUUUCGAAUUCUGACAAAGAUAUUUUCCCGCUGUUGGAAUGCUUUACAUCAAUAGCACAGGCACUGGGUACCGGAUUUUCACAAUUUGCAGCACCAGUGUAUCAGAGGUGCAUAAUCAUCAUCCAGACUCAACAACUAGCCAAGGUUGAUCCUGUUUCAGCUGGGGCACAGUAUGAUAAAGAGUUCAUUGUGUGCUGUUUGGAUCUUCUCUCUGGACUUGCUGAGGGGCUUGGUCCUGGAAUAGAGAGUUUGGUUUCACAAAGUAAUUUAAGGGAUUUGCUGCUGCAAUGUUGUAUGGAUGAUGCCUAUGACAUCAGGCAAAGUGCCUUUGCACUGCUGGGAGACCUUGCUAGAGUUUGUCCAGUUCAUUUACGUCCUCGUUUAGCUGAAUUUCUAGAAACUGCUGCAAAGCAAUUGAACACCCCGAAGCUCAAGGAAACUGCGUCUGUUGCAAAUAAUGCAUGUUGGGCUAUAGGAGAACUAGCAAUAAAGGUUCACAAGGAGAUUUCUCCUGUAGCCCUGACUGUAGUCUCAUGCUUGGUUCCAAUACUUCAACAUCCUGAGGGCCUGAACAAAUCACUCAUAGAAAAUAGCGCCAUCACACUUGGAAGACUUGCAUGGGUUUGUCCGGAGCUGGUCUCACCACACAUGGAGCAUUUCAUGCAGUCAUGGUGUAUUGCUUUGUCUAUGAUACGUGAUGACAUAGAGAAGGAAGAAGCUUUCAGAGGUUUAUGCGCAAUGGUGAGAGCAAAUCCAUCUGGGGCUUUAAACUCUCUUGUUUUCAUGUGCAAGGCUGUUGCAAGUUGGCAUGAAAUAAGGAGUGAGGACCUACACAAUCAAGUCUGCCAGGUGUUGCAUGGCUAUAAACAAAUGCUUAAGAAUGGAGCAUGGGAACAAUGCAUGUCCUCCUUGGAGCCACAUGUGAAGAAUAAGCUGUUGAAGUAUCAAGUGUAGUGACACUUGCGCUCGAAAACGCUUCAUCUAUUGCUUUCUUGCACGAUUAGCAGAUUCAAAGCUGUCUGUUUAGUUACUCCCGCGACCCAACCUAAUUCAGUCAUGGUUUACAAAUUGUCUCUUGUUGAAGCUUCAAGUCUUUUUACAUGUUCUUCCGAUUUGUUGAAAUGGCAUUUUAAUUGGGAACAAGAAGCUGUGGCUUGGACAUGGAAUUGCUGUACAGGUAUGUGCUGUUUGAACUCCCAUACUCUUUUCUUCCUGGGCUGAUUAUACUCAAAAAAGUUGACCCGGAGUUUCGGCCUCUGGGAUUUAUCGAGUUACAAAAUUCUUUCAAUGGCCCUGGUAAGAAAGUCCAGUCCACAAGUUCCACAAAGUUUUGUUAGAAAGGUGUCUAUAGUUUCUUAGGUCUUAAAAUUUGUAACUUAAUUUGAAAACAAUUAAAUUUUCGAUAUAGCUACCAGAUGUGUGAUGUUUUAAUAGGGAAAUUACGUGUAUUAUGCUUAAAGAUUUACCAUUGUAUUAUUGUGGACACAACCAACCAUUUUAUCUGGUGAUAAUAUACAAUUCAUUGCAUUGUUGUUAGGACAUCAA